AGCGGUGGUUGGCGCCGGCGCGGUCGGGAGUUCGUCUGAGGUAGCGACUGUGAGUGCUGCGGUCUCGCAAGUCGGGCCGCGUCCUUUCAGCUUCAGUUAUGACUCAUGAAGCAAUGGACUAUGAUCUUCAAGUGCAGUUAGAUGGUGCUACAGAACAACUUGCUCCUGCUGAAGUGGUCAGCAACCAAGGGGGGCCACCUUUGCUCCAGCUUGGUCCUGCUGAAGUGAUUAAUAACCAAGGGGGGCCACCCCCGCUCCAGCCUGCUUCUGCUGAAGUGAUCAGUAGCCAAGGGGGACCACCCCUGCUCCAGCCUAUGACUCCUGAAGUGUUCAACAACCAAGGGGGACCACCCCUGUUCCAGCCUGCUCCUCCUGAAGUGGUCAACAGUCAAGGAGAACCAUCCCUGCUCCAGCCUGCUCCACUGGUGUCCAUUGACCAGGUUGAGGAAGUAGAGCUCUCAGAAGAAAAUAGGGAGAACAGCAAUCCAGGAGCUUCAGAGGAGCAUACGCAGAGAUCUGGUGCUAACCACUCUGUCCAAGCAUCUUCGUUGGAUUCAAUGAACAGCUUCAUCAGUGGACUGCAGAGACUUCAUGGCAUGUUGGAAUUUCUGAGACCUCUACCUUCAAACCACAAUGUGGGUCCAGUGAGAGCAAGGAGGAGGAGGGAGUCUGCUUCACAUAGGACAAGAGCUGGAGGGUCUCAGAGGACAGAUAGUGCCAGGUUGAGAGCACCGCUAGAUGCUUACUUUCAGGUGAGCAGGACCCAGCCUCACUUGCCAACCACCUCUUAUGAUUCAGAAGCUAGGAAUCCUGUGUCCGAAGAUUUGCAGGUGUCAAGUAGUUCUGAUUCUGACAGUGGAAGCUCUGCUGAGUCUGAAGAGGUUGUUGCCCAGGCAGAGGAACCCAGAACUGUCAGUUCAGAAGUAGUGCCACAAGGAGUUACUACAGCAGAGCAAGAAGUGACAUGUGUUAGCGAAGACAAGACCCUCUCCAAACAGCAGUCUCCCCAGAAACCCAGCUCACCUCUAACUUCUGCUUCUGUGGAUGAUGAAGAAGGGGAUACUUGCACGAUAUGUUUGGAACAGUGGACCAAUGCUGGGGAACACCGGCUCUCAGCAUUACGCUGUGGGCACCUCUUUGGCUAUAAAUGCAUUUCUAAAUGGCUCAAAGGACAGGCACGAAAAUGCCCCCAGUGCAACAAGAAAGCCAAACAUAAUGACAUUGUUGUCCUUUAUGCCCGAACCCUGAGAGCUUUGGAUACUAGUGAACAGGAACGUAUAAAAAGUGACUUACUAAAGGAGCAAACACUCAGGAAGAAGGCAGAGUUAGAAUCUGCACAGUGCCGCCUCCAACUUCAGGUCCUCACUGAUGAAUGCACUAAACUUCAUAGCCGUGUCCAGGACUUGCAAAAACUUAUUGUACAGCAUCGGGAUCAGGUUUUACAGCGCUCUAGGUGCCCCCAUGUACAUUUCUUAAACUGCCUGCCCUCCAGUCAGAAGCAGCAUAAAUACCACUUCCAAAAGACCUUCACAGUGUCUCAGACAGGAAAUUGCCGAAUCAUGGCAUAUUGUGAUGAUAUGAGCUGCCUGGUGGUAUCACAGCCUUCUCCUCAGGCUUCCUUCCUUCCAGGCUUUGGUGUUAAGAUGUUGAGUACUGCCAAUAUGAAAAGCAGUCAGUACAUUCCGAUGCAUAGCAAACAGAUCCGUGGACUGGCUUUCAGCAGCCGAUCCAAAGGCUUGCUGCUAUCUGCCUCCCUAGACAACACUGUUAAACUGACCAGUCUAGAGACAAAUACUGUGGUCCAAACUUACAAUACUGGACGUCCUGUCUGGAGCUGUUGCUGGUGUCUUGAUGAAAACAAUUAUGUCUAUGCUGGACUGGCCAAUGGUUCAAUUCUGGUGUAUGACCUACGAAACACAAGCUGUCAUAUGCAGGAGUUAGUACCUCAGAAAGCCAGAUGCCCACUGGUAUCCCUGUCCUACAUGCCCAGAGCUGCCUCAGCUGCAUUUCCACACGGUGGGGUGCUGGCUGGUACCUUAGAGAAUGCAUCCUUCUGGGAGCUGAAAGUGGAUUUUUCUCACUGGCCUCAUGUGCUACCUUUGGAACCAGGGGGCUAUGUAGACUUUCAGACAGAGAGCAGUACUCGACACUGUCUUGUGAGCUAUAGGCCUGAUAAAAACCACAACACCGUACGAAGUGUGCUGAUGGAGAUGUCCUAUAAAUUGGAUGAUGCUAGAAACCCUGUCUGUACCUGCCAUCCUGUGCAAACAUUCCUUGGGGGACCCACCUGCAAACUAUUGACCAAAAAUGCCAUUUUCCAAAGUCCAGAGAAUGAUGGCAGCAUCCUGGUGUGUACUGGGGAUGAAGCAACAAAUUCUGCCAUGCUGUGGGAUGCUGGCAGUGGCUCAUUGCUACAGGACCUGAAGGCUGAUCAGCCUGUCUUAGACAUCUGUCCAUUUGAGGUGAACCAUAACAGCUACUUGGCUACUUUAACUGAGAAGAUUGUCAAUAUCUAUAAGUGGGAGUGAAGAUGGUCUUGAGACCUUUCAGACAUGCUGCUAGUUAACAUUAAAUGUUUGUUAGCACUUAGCAGGCUAGAGCUGUUGGGGUCGUGGUUCAUUUGUGUUAGUGUGGUUCUAGGACUUUAGGUCAUUGAGACACUACAGAUUGUUAAGAGUGGAUCAUCUAUAUUCAUUCUCAGGUUAAAAGCCUUCCUGAAUCUUUGCUGUGAUUUUUAUUUUCUAUCUAAGGUCUGCUGAACCUUAGAGGGUUCUCUCAGCAAUCAUUUAGGGUAUGAGUGUGCACCAUACAUUUUCUAGGUGAUAUGACACCCACCUGAGUUGUCAGUUGGGCUAAUUGGCUUGAAAGGGAUCUGCUUAGUUGCGGUGUGAAUGCAGAAGUCUUUCUCUGUUGAACACAAGGGGGCACUAUAGAACCUUUUGGGGUUUGAGUUAUUUCUGAGUUUGAAGGCUCGUAACCAACGUUAGUAACAGUCCCACCCCCUACCGGAAGUGUGUUGUAAGUAAACAUUUUUUGUGCUUUGUGGCAACAGCAGUUGUGUUCCAAGUGCACAAUUCUAGGAUGUUGCAUGUUGGCAAGCCCAGUGAUGGAGGUGGAUGGUAAGCUAUAGAGCCUUAGCUAAUGCCCAGUUUGUAGCAUUGUGAGAGUUAAGGAAAGGAAUUGGUUUUUUGAGCAAUGGCGAAGAUUCAUUUUUUUUCUAACUUGCUUAGGAUCUCAGGGUUGGUUUUACCUAAGCCAGUGUUCUAAAGAAUAAUCACUUUUUCCUUCCUAUUAGGAAAAGAUGAAUGGCAUUUCAAAGCUUUUACUUAAGUUUCCUCUAAUAUCAGAGAUCAGGAGCAAGGGACUAAAUAAGAGCUUAUAGAAAAGAAGCUGUGCAGACUGCUUAAGAGAAGAGGGGAAAAGUUGGUCUCCCAUUUUGAUAAAAUUCCUGUCUUAAUAAAGCCAAUCCCUUGAAAUUAGGAGCUGUUCUUAACCAUUUCAGAUUCCCAUGUAAAAGCUUCCCUCUGUGCAACUGAUGUUUGAUUUUAAGUACUUCUGAUUUGCCUAACAUUUUCUUAAAUGUUGUAAGUAAAAUGGCUAUUCUCAAGAAGAUGUGUAUCUGCUAUGUCCAUUAAAAGAGUGUGACUGGUCCACUAUGGAGCACCAGUCCUCUUGGAGUCCUUUGAAUAACAGGAAGGCACCUACUAAAUUUUAUUCCAAUCCUGGAUUACCCAACACUGAGAGUUACACUUCCCUCCAAUAAAGAGCUUAGUUUCUGUUUGUCUACUCUGUCUCAGACUAUUCUGGUAAACCACUGUCUACCAGAUAUGCCUCAAAGUAUGGGCAAGUCAGUGUUCUUGGCUGACAGCGUGAUUUUCUUAAGUAAUUGUUGGUAAGGUAUAUUGUCCUUUCUAUAAAACAGCUGUGAUCUAUCAACUCCUGUGCUGUUUCCAGGAUCUUUCUUACAAGCAAGGGAUUGUUAAAGUAGAUUUCCCCAGAGUUCCAAGUUCUAGCUAUGCCUUUUAAUGAAACCUGUUUGAGGAUAUUUUAUUUUUGGAGAUUCUUUCAAAAUGCCAGCUUCCACAGCCUGGGAAAAGCCCCCUUUUUCAGAGGAGAUUUUUUUUUUGAUAUGUUGAUGACUAAGAAUGACUGCCCCAGCCUAAAGCUUUAGAGACAGAAAAUUAUUCAAAUGAAAACAAAAGACUGUCUCAAAAAAAACAAAAAAGCAAAAUUUACCUGGCUUUAGCAGAUUGUCAUAGAAAGGAUGCUGGUGGGGCAAGGUUAGGGUUUGACUUGCCUUGAAGUAUACUUGAUGCUGAUUGAUUCCUUUCAGAGUAGUAACCAGGGGACUUCUUUUUUUAAACCAGGAAAAUUGGGUGAAUAUCAAGUCUUGCCAAUCCUUGAAUUUCUAUAGUAAGUUUGUAUUGUUGGGGGUAGGGGGGAGUGCUGAAGAUUGAACCCAGAGCCUCAUGCAUGCUAGGCAUGCACUCUUCCACUGAACUACAUCCCCAGCUCAAAUUUGUAUGUGUUUGGAAGGAAAAUCACAGGAUAAACUGAUUUCUCUAAAAAAAAAUCUCAGGCUGGGAAUGUAGCUUAGUGAUAGAGUGCUUGCCUAGCAUUCACAGGGGCUUGAUUUGAUCCCCAGCACUGGGAAAAAAAAUAAGAAGAAAAAAAUGUUUCCAUCUGGGCAUGGUAAUUCACAUCUGUUAAUUCCAGCACUCAGGAGGCAGGAGGAUUUUGGGUUUCAGGCCAGCCCAGGCUACUGAGACCCUGUCUCAAUAAACCAAAAAAGUAAAGAAAGUGUCCUCCCAGUCCCUACUCUCAUUUCCACUUGUGGGAGACUUCAUCUAUAGACCCAGAGUCUCCUGAGCACCACCAGAGACUUUGACCCACUGUUCCCUUACUCCUAUCUCCAAGGUUUUCCCAUUUUAGGGUAUAACAUUAAGCAAAUACAGAAUAUGUUAUUUUAUGUAUCCUUGCACCUGCUUUGAGAACAGGGCAAUGGGAUUUUUGUUUGUUCAUGCUCUGAGUUUUAAGGUUAAUAUGAAAAUAAAGAAU